AUGAGUAAUCUCGCUGGCAGGAUGACCCUCGUGGCAGACAGCAACAACACUACCCCGCGCACGAGGUCAAGACGCGGAGGCAGAGGCCGUGGUGGCGAUCGCAGUCGUUCUCACAGACCUGCGCCACAGAACCAGACACAGGCACAAGCGCAGUCUCAACAGCAAACGCCAGCACACCCGGCUACGAAUCCUCCAUCGCAACAGAAUGAACCUUUUGCGACACAGACCGCGCCCGACGCAAACCAUCCACCAAGAGGACCGAGGGGAACCCGAAGGGGGGCGGGAGGCGCAGGCGCACAGUCGAAUGGAGGCCGACGACAUGGUCGAACACGCGGCGGUGCUGACCACUCAGCGGUCACUACGGGGGGGCGAAGAUUCGAGGGUCGACUGACGAAAUCAGAGCAGCCAGAGGAGACUCGGGAUGUCGGUCCCCACCAGAGCGCAGGCGUGGAGGACAUUGCUGGAUUGAGAGCGGAUGCGCCAGCAUUCGUCCCAGGAGGGCCAGCCGGAGAACAACCUCGACAAAGCGGACGUGCAAAGGGCAAAUCGAAAGCGAAGAACCCAAGCCAGGCUCGAUCGGUGCCCCCUCCUCCGCCAGCGCCCAAGGUUACGACGAAAUCAUCGGCACCGGACAUUGCCACUCGGAUUCACGAAGACAUCGCCCACAACCUCUACGAAUGUCCGAUCUGUACAGCUGAGUUGGGCAAACGGUCUCGUAUCUGGUCCUGCGGAUUGUGUUGGACGGUUUUCCACUUGAGCUGUGUGAAGAAAUGGUCGAGGAACGAAGGCGCGGCGGCGCAGGAUGCGGCGCGUCGCCGGGGCGAGGAGGGCGAAAGCAGUGCUCCUCGUGCUUGGCGCUGCCCGGGCUGUAACCUGCCUCAUGAAGUGUUUCCUUCCUCUUACACCUGUUGGUGCCAGAAGGAGGUUGACCCGCGCUCAUUUCCUGGUCUCCCUCCCCAUUCGUGUGGACAGACCUGUGCGCGAUCGCGAAAAGGUUGUCCACACCCUUGCGAUGCGACGUGCCAUGCUGGUCCAUGCGCUCCUUGUACUGCUAUGGGUCCGACCCAGGAUUGCUUUUGUGGGAGGAACUCAUCUACGAAGCGUUGUCAGGACACCGACUACGAUAAUGGAUGGAGCUGCGGCGAGCACACCUGCCCUCGGCCGUGCCACGAGGGCCUCUGCGGUGCCUGCGAGUCUGAGAUGCUCUGCAGUUCCAAAGAUGAGGAGAUGGACAGUGAAACCUUGCGCAUUGGCGAAGACGACGGCGGGGAGGAGCUUGAAGAAUGGGUUGGAUGUUUCAGCUGUGGUGAUCAGUGCAAUCGACAGUUUGACUGUGGGCUACAUUCGUGUCAGAAGUCCUGCCACGCCCAGGAUGCGCAUCCCGCUCAUUGUCCCCGAUCGCCUGAUGUGGUGCUUUCCUGCCCGUGUGGGAAAACGGUUCUGACCGACGUUACGGGCUAUUCGCCCCGAACUACUUGCGAAGACCCCAUCCCCAAUUGCUCGAAGCCUUGCGGGAAGGCCUUACCAUGCGGACACUCUUGCGAGCAAGUCUGCCAUAGCGGACCGUGUGGUCCUUGCUUGCAGAAAGUCACGAUCCAUUGCCGAUGUGGCCGCAAUGACUUCCGGACGACUUGUUUCUCGGGUGACUUUGAGCCACCUCAAUGUUUCCGUAUCUGUAAAGCCGGCUUGCAUUGCGGUCGCCAUGCAUGCGCAGAGCGCUGUUGCCCUGGCGAACAGAAGGCAAUUGAGCGUCAGGCUAUACGGCGAAAGCUCAAAUCCCAUCUUCGACCAAGCGACGAGGAUUUUGAGGCUGAACAUAUCUGUACCCGGGUCUGUGGCCGUAUGCUGAAAUGCGGACGGCACACAUGCCCGGAGAUCUGUCACAAAGGGCCCUGUAACACUUGCAGGGAGGCAAUAUUCGAAGAGAUCCCGUGUAACUGCGGUCGAUCUGUCUUGUAUCCGCCUCUGCCUUGUGGGACGCUGCCUCCAGCUUGCUCACACCCCUGUGAGCGCGUUAAACCGUGCGGUCACCCGCAGACGCCCCAUAAUUGCCACACCGACGAUGAAAAUUGCCCGAAAUGCCCGUUCUUGACGGAAAAGGCGUGCCUGUGCGGCAAACGUGUGCUGAAGAAUCAGCCGUGCUGGCUUGCAGAUGCACGGUGCGGACAGAUUUGCGGCAAGCUCCUCAAGUGUGGCUCUCAUACUUGUAAGAAGAACUGUCAUCGACCGGGUGAUUGUGAGGAUGCUUCCCAGCCUUGUCAGCAAGCCUGUGGGAAGACCAAGUCCCUGUGUGGUCACCCCUGUACUGACCAGUGUCACGCUCCUUAUCCGUGCCCCGAGAAAACACCCUGUUCAACCAUGGUCGCAGUAACAUGUAGCUGUGGACGACUCCGUCAGGAGCGACGUUGCAAUGCAGCCAAGGCUGUUGUGACCAAGGGCCACCUCCAGCAGGCGCAGCGACUUCCAUCAGCGUCUCCACUGGCGUGCGACGAGGAAUGCGCCCGCCUCGAGCGUAAUCGAUCUCUGGCGUCUGCGCUUGGCGUCGAUAUCAACCCGACGACGACUGUCUCUCAGACGCUGACCUCCACCAACCUACCCUAUUCCGCCGAAACUCUCGAUAUUUACCUCCAGCUUUCGUCGUCGUGUCCUCUAUCCACUCUCCAGUCCUACGAAUCGACCCUCCACAGUCUCGCCACGAACAAAAACCCAGCAAACCGCUCCACCCGCUUCCAACCCGCCAAAUCUCCCCUCCGUGCCUUCGCGCACUCCCUCGCCGCCGACUGGGGCUUUGCUAGUGAGAGCUUCGAUCCGGAGCCUCAUCGCCAUGUGUUUGUUCUCAAACCCACUGCCUGGACUCCCCCCCUUCUGGGCAUGGGCAACGGCACCACCAUUGGUAUUGGCGGUAUGAGCGUCGGUGAAUGCGUGAAGCUACGUGACCGCCACCGCCUCAAGGAACAGGAAGAGCAGCGACUCGCUGCAGCGGAAGCAAAAGCCCAGCGCGAAGCUGCUCGAGCCCAGCAGAAUGCGAACGGCGAGGGCGGCUGGGCCCAGGUCGCAGCUUCAAAGAGAGGUAACGGCCUUGGUAGCUCGCGGAGCAGUACGCCUGGUGUCCGAACGCCUGCUGGCAGUUCUUGGUCUACGACUAUGUACGCUGCUCUUGCGGGUGACGACAGCAGUGCUUCAUGGGAUGCUCCCGUUCCACCUCAAGCUAAGAAGGAGAAAUUGGUGUUGCGGUCGGGUGUGAAGCAAUUGAGGACAUCGAGUUCGAUUCUUGAUCCGAGUCGUGGCGAGUCAGUGCGGGAUCCCAAGUCGGAUGGAGAAAAGGAAGAUGCUUGAUUUUAUCGACUUGCUCGUGGAUGAAGAGCCACUUUGAUGUCUUGCAACCGCUUUCAAGGCUCGGAUGAUGUUAUGUAGAAAGACAUGACCCUCUUCCGGACUGACUUAAAUUUCCUUGUUGUUCUUACCAUUCCUACACUUUUUCUACCUACUCCAAAACGUUCACGACUUUGAUGUUUGUCGCUGCUAUUCGGUUUUCUCUAUGGUUAGCGUGCAUAGCUGGCCGGUCGUGUGCUUAGUUAGAAAGACCAAAAAUCGAUAGAAUCGAAAUUUGGCAAAUCUAUGUCACUCUGUGUAUACUUUUGAAUCAU